AUGGAUCCAAUCACCUUCUCCCAAGAAGAUUCGCAAGGUGUUCAUCACCCACACUGCGAUGCAUUGGAAGUAAGGGCCAUUGUGGCUUGGAACGAACUUAAGCGCAUGCUGGUUGGGAAUGGAAGCUUGGUGAAUAUACUAUUUAGAUCAACCUUUAACAAGAUGCAAAUUGAGCAUGGCUUGGUUUCCAUGACCGAUCCAAUAUUCAAAUUCACUGGGGAUAACACCCGAGCAGGGAGAGACAUCGACAUGAUUGAGGCCCCUGAAGAAGGAAACCCUCUUGAUGAAUUAGACCCUCAGAUCAUCGAAUUUGAGCCAAAUGCAACUCCUAUGGAAGAGCUCGAGACUUUCCCUACCAACUCUUCAGACCCCAAUCAGCUCUUGCGAAUAGGGAAAGCUUUGCCCUCUAAGACGAAAGAAGAGCUGAUGAAUUUUCUAAAAAGAAAUUUGGACGUCUUCGCAUGGAAGCAUGAAGACAUAGUGAGAAUAGACCUAAGGGUCAGCUGCCACCACUUGAAUAUCAACCCCAUUUGCAUGCCGCAUCGGCAGAAGAGACGAGCACUCAACCCAGAAAGAUAUAAGGCACUGAAGGAAGAGGUCGACAAGCUAAGUCGGAACGGCUUCAUCAGAGAAGCCAUUUAUCCGAAGUGGAUAUCCAACCCAGUGCUCGUGAAGAAGUCCAGUGGAAAGUGGAGGGUCGUUGACUUCACCAACUUGAACAAAGCUUGCCCAAAGGACAGCUUCCCCUUCCCAAGGAUAGACUAA